GGAACAUGUCCCCUGUCUCUGCCUAAAGCUGGGACAGGCACGUUUGGUCCUGCCAUGCCAAAGCAAAUGAGGGGUGACGAACCCAUCCCUGGGCUCUGGGAGGGGAGCUGAGCUCAUGCCCCUCAUGCUGAGGCUGUGGGGAGCAGGAGGAGGAUGCCGUAGGUCCCUGGUGGAGCUGGGAGCAGGACCUAAGGGGUGAUGGCUGCAUCCCACUGCCCGCCAUGUGCUCCCUGGGAAGGGAUCCCCACUGUGACUGGUGCUCCAGCAGAGGCCAGGCUGCAGGGGGGGGAGCAGUUGUCCCUCCCAUGUGCCUUUCUCCUCCCUGCCCCAUCUUUCCCCAGGUUUGCAUGUCCUCGCCCUCGCCUUCGCCUUGGAGGUGUCAGUGGGGAAGACCAACACUGUGAUGGCUCUGAAUAACUCCAAUGUCCUGCUGCCCUGCACCUUCACCACCUGCAUAGGCUUCCAGGACCUGGUCUUCACGUGGUAUUUCAACUCAACAGAGAUGAUUUACCACGGCAAGAUAAAGAGCAAAGCCUCGGAGCCCUUGCUGGUGGCACGCAACCCACGAGUCGAGUUUGUCGGCUCGACGACCAAGAAGGACAACAACAUCUCCAUUCUCCUGAAGAACGUGGACUUCAGCGAUGCUGGGAAAUACACGUGCCACGUCAAGAACCCCAAGGAGAAGAACGCGCAGCACAACGCCACCAUCUUCCUCACGGUGGUCCAGAAGAUGGUGGAGGCAGACAACACUGUGACGCUCAUCAUCGUGGGCGUUGUGGGGGGGCUCAUCGGCCUCCUCAUCCUCUUCAUGCUCAUCAAGAGGGUUGUCCUGUUCAUCAUCAAGAAGACUCAGGAUGGGAAGAAGGAAUGCCUCGUGAGCUCCUCGGGCAACGACAACACGGAGAACGGCUUGGCUGGCUCCAAGGCGGAACAAAAAGCACCACCAAAGGCAUGAAGCAGCGGCACCCUAACCCCAGCCCGCCCCGCAGCGGGGACAGGGGCAGGGGGCCAAGCCUUUCCCUUUUGUUUUCUUUCCAAACUGCCAAUGCUUGAGACAUGUUUCUAUUACACACGUGCCUGCAACCUGCACUGCUUCUCGGAAAAGACUUGGGCUGCCGUGGGGACUGGGAGCUUCUUGUGGACUCGGACUGGGAUGCUGCCAGGACGGAGGGAGCUGCCUGCUCUGCAAUGAGUGAAGGCAAGAGGGUGCUGGGCAGGCAGGGAAGGGGCUGGGGAGUACUGUGGGUGCUGUGCUGCUUGUGGGGUGGUGGAUGGUGAGCAGGGGUCCCGGCGUGCCUGGGGGUAGAGGCUGCGAGGAGCUCGGGGUGUCUUUGUGUGAGUGGCAACGCUGAGCUGGGGCGGGCAGGAGCUGCCUGCCUUGCGCAGAGGGUGUCUGGAGCAGAGCAAAGGUGCACAACGCUCACCAUAGAGGCAGAGGCUCCUGCCUUUGCUGCAUUUCCUAUGGGUCCGGCACAGGAGGAAGGGGGGAAGCAGGGCUGAUGCGGCAGGGCUUGGCUUCAGCUCUUGUAAGCACACUUGAGAACCAAAUCAGUGACUGUCAGGGCUGUCAUCUCAUCCCUGCAGGGGCUGGGUGCCGUGCUCCUGCCAUGGGCCGGGCUGGUUCCUCCUAUGCAGGGUUGUGGGGACCAGCGGCUGGGGCUGGCCACGUCGUGGGGUCACUGCUGGCUGCAGUGGGGUGAAGGUCCAUGUUUCACACCCUGUGUAGGGCCAUACCCCAGGGGCAGCGGGGGCAUUCCUGGGGGUGCUCCCUGGGUUUGUGCUGCUGCUCCUGCUCCUCCUCCCCUCUUUAAAGCCCAUCACUCGGCACGCUCAGAGCAGUGAUGCCGCUGACGCUGCCUCGCCAAGGCUCAACUUGUUGCGCAGAGGUUUUUUAUAUCAGACUCCAGUGGGAACGCAGCUGAUGGCGUUCCCCCAUCACCCAAUGAAACCUGUGGCGCUCCAUCUGCGACGCAGGGAGGAGGGAGCACAGUGGAGCCCUGGCGAGGGGAGCAAUGCUAGGGCUGUGCCAGUCCACUCCUGGGCCUGCCACUGGCCCACGGGGUGACCUUGGGCAAGUCACUCUGCCUCUCCAUGCCUCAGUUUCCCCAUCUGUAAAAUGGGGAUAAUAACACUGCUCUACCUCACAGGGGUGGUUGUGAGGCUUCCUUGGCUAUCAUUUGUAAAGUGCUUUGAGAGCCUCGGGUGAGGGGGGCCACAGAAAGCCAAAAGGGUACCUGCAGUGGGGACUCAGGCAACGCAGCCCCCUUCCUAAGGGCUGUACUGGGACAUGACACAUGAAGAAUGAGCUGCUCCUACAGUCGAGGGUGGCAAUGUCCUUUGCAAUGCGAUUUGUUCCCUCUUCCUCUUUUAUUUGUGGGUGGCUGUUGGUGAAGCUGCAGGGCAGGCAGCUCCCCCAUCCCCACUUGAUAUUGGGAAUCACAGCCAAGCCAUGCCCCCGGCUGCAGGUGCCCUGACAGAGGUGCCGGAGAGGAAGGUGGGUGAGGAUUCGGUGGGCAAGGCAAACAAGGUGCUACCUUCUCUGGUGACUGUUGUGGGGAGGUGAGGCCUGCUCAUGGGGUGGGGGCACAGGGAGCACCCUGCAGCCUUCACCAUGGGGCA